AUGAAGAAACUGAGUAGUCCUUUACCACAACCAUUGCCCAAAGAAUGCCAGAAAGCGGCCAAGAUCUUCAAUAGCUUCGUGGAUUCAGGAAACAAUGGUCUCGACGGAUUCAUCCCCAGAGUUGUGCUUGAACAAGCCAAGGGAUUUGCUAUCUUCACAGUUCUCAAGGCCGGCUUCCUCUUCUCGGCGAGGGCCGGGACUGGCAUCGUCAUUGCAAGGCUACCUGACGGUACAUGGUCCAGUCCUUCCGCUAUCGGCACAGCUGGUUUGGGGGUUGGCAGUCAGCUGGGAGCCGAAAUGACAGACUUCCUCAUCGUCCUCAACUCAAGAUCUGCUGUCAAGUCCUUCAUGGCCAGUGGUUCGCUCAGUUUAGGAGGAAAUAUGAGCCUCGCUAUAGGUCCUCUGGGCCGACAUGGAGAGGCAAGCGGCUCGGUGAAUACCAGCGGGAAAAUGGCAGCGAUGUACAGUUAUUCCAAGACUCGAGGUUUAUUCGGCGGUCUUUCGAUUGAAGGCUCAGUCAUUGUUGAGCGACAAGACGCCAACGUUCAAGCAUACGGGUCUCAAGUUACUGCAAAGCUUUUAUUAGGUGGUGCGAUUCCUCCACCAACAUGGGCAGAACCUUUGAUCAAGACUCUCACGAGCUGUACUGGGAUGCCAGGCAACCGUGAAUGGAUAACCGAGUCCAGCCCUACUUCUGCUUAUGCCUUCGCCACCCCGACCAGCGAAAUGCCGCCCAGUCAGCUCCGCAAGAAACGCAAGGACUCGAAGUCCGACUUCCCCCCUACAUCUUGGGGUGAACCCCGCGACGGAGGGUCAUAUUUCAGCCACCAGGUCGAGGCUGCAUCUCUUCGUGGCAAGCCAGAAUACGACAGUCCAUUCGAUCCUUGGGAUGCUGCAGCCAAUACCGGCAGUACAAGCCAGUUCCCGACCCAGUUUAAGUCCGACUUUGUCCCAGAAAAACGACACGUGAGAUCAGCCACGGCGUCGCAACCUCCUACCGUUUUUGACCUCUUUGAUGCUGAGCCAACCACGGCCUCCCCAAGUUCCCCGUUUGCCGAGAAUCAACCGAUGCUGGGGCACACCCGCUCAAUGAGCGCGUCUCCAUAUAAACCGAAAUCGAUAUCAACACCCUUCCUUAAACCUCAGCCUGCGCUUAGCCGUUCGACUCCUCCUCCAGAGGGUGUUGCAAGAGCAGUGGCCCUUUAUGAUUUCCAGGCCGUCCAGCCAGGCGACUUGUCCUUUUCCAAAGGCGACAUUAUCGUUGUCACCAAACGCUCAAAUAGCACCGAUGACUGGUGGACAGGAACACUCAAUGGGGAAAAGGGUAUUUUUCCUGCCAAUUUCGUCGAUGUUUUGUAG